AUGGGGCGCGGGAAGAUCGAGAUUCGGAAGAUUGACAACGCGACGACGCGGCAAGUGACCUUCUCGAAGCGGCGCAAUGGGCUGCUGAAGAAGGUGCGCGGGGGGGUGCUGAAGAAGGUGCGGUGGGCGGAUGGGCGUGGUGGGUGCCGGAGAGAAGGGGGCGGAAGAGGAAGAGGAGGGGAAAUGGGGGAAAGGUUGGGUCUCCCGCACCCAAAUGUGCACUUCCUGCGCGCUGCUCCCUUCCCCUGCGCGGCGCCCAUCUCCGUGCACCCAUCCUGCUGCGCUGCGCCUUCCCUGCGCCACCCCUUGCGCCCACCCCUUGCUCCCACCCCUGUGCGCCCACCCCUGUGCGCCCACCCCUGUGCGCCCAACCCCGUGCGCCGACCCCGUGCGCCCACCACCUGCGCCCACCCCGUGCGCCCAUCCCGUGCGCCCAUCCCCUGCGCCCACCCCGUGCGCCCACCCCGUGCGCCCACCCCUGUGCGCCCAUCCCUGUGCGCCCAUCCCUGUGCGCCCACCCCUGUGCGCCCAACCCCGUGCGCCCACCCCCUGCGCCCACCCCCUGCGCCCAUCCCGUGCGCCCAUCCCGUGCGCCCACCCCGUGCGCCCACCCCGUGCGCCCACCCCUGUGCGCCCAUCCUUGUGCGCCCACCCCUGUGCGCCCACCCCUGUGCGCCCAACCCCGUGCGCCGACCCCGUGCGCCCCACCCCCUGCUCCCACCCCAUGCGCCCACCCCGUGCGCGCAUCCCGCGCCCACCCCGUGCGCCCACCCCGUGCGCCCACCCCUGUACGCCCAUCCCUGUGCGCCCACCCCUGUGCGCCCACCCCUGUGCGCCCACCCCUGUGCGCCCAACCCCGUGCGCCGACCCCUUGCGCCCCACCCCCUGCUCCCACCCCAUGCGCCCACCCCGUGCGCGCAUCCCGCGCCCACCCCGUGCGCCCACCCCGUGCGCCCACCCCUGUGCGCCCAUCCCUGUGCGCCCACCCCUGUGCGCCCACCCCUGUGCGCCCACCCCUGUGCGCCCAACCCCGUGCGCCGACCCCUUGCGCCCCACCCCCUGCUCCCACCCCAUGCGCCCACCCCGUGCGCGCAUCCCGCGCCCACCCCGUGCGCCCACCCCGUGCGCCCACCCCUGUGCGCCCAUCCCUGUGCGCCCACCCCUGUGCGCCCACCCCUGUGCGCCCACCCCUGUGCGCCCAACCCCGUGCGCCGACCCCUUGCGCCCCACCCCCUGCUCCCACCCCAUGCGCCCACCCCGUGCGCGCAUCCCGCGCCCACCCCGUGCGCCCACCCCUUGCCCAUCCUCUGCGCCCGCCCCGUGCGUCCAUCCCCUGCACGCAUCCCUUGCGCCCAUCCCCCUGUGCCCACCCCCCUGUGCCCACCCCCGUGCACCCCCUAUUCCCCCCUCCCCUCCACUCCCCCCCGCGCUUUCAUCCCCCGGCAGGCGUACGAGCUGGCGGUGCUGUGCGACGUGGAGAUCGGCGUCAUCAUCUUCUCCGCCACCGGCAAGCUCUUCCAAUACGCCAGCACCAACAUGGACGCCAUAGUGGAGCGGUACCGGCGGCUGGCGGUGGAGGAGCGGCAAGGACACCGCCCGCCGUGGACAAGCAGCAGAACCCCCCCAGAGCGCCGGCCUAUGCCCACCGGCCGCUGCAAGCACAGCAAGGAGCGGCCGGGCGAGCAGCAAGCGAAGAGGCUCCAGCUGCAGCAGUUGGAAGGGCAAGGCCAUGGCCACGCCACAGGGAAUGCUCGAGGCAGCAGAGCAACAGGAUCAACCGCGCGACUUGGAGGUUUCAAG